CAUCUGGAUCGAAACGUUGUCGAUGAGAUAAGAAAAUCAACGCUUAUCUUUGACUGAAAGCCGAUAUCCCACGAGAAAUAUGUCAACUUCCUAGUCGAACCUCUGUCUUUACAAAAUUUUAUGCAAUGAUUUUUUUGUAACUGUUUUUCAUGAUGCAACUCGUUUCAGUUACAAGCCUCGUUGGACUUAAAAAAAUCAAGUCCUAGCCUCGUUGGACUUAAAAAAAAUCAUGACCGACUGGGAAUCGAACCCCGGCAUCGUUAGCAUGAUCUUGCAUAACAGCUGUGCGUUAGCCGAAUCGGUAAUGUGGGCGCCUCAAACAAUUCCUGCAAAAUGCAGUCAUAAAAUCCAAUAAUGACAAAUCAUAGUACAUGCAUCUCGUUGUUCAUUGUGUUUUACGUUGCGCAAUCGAACAACUCGGAAUUUCAUUAAAUUGACCUUAUUUGUCACGCCAUUGGCUUUUCAACGUGUACCGGAUGCACCGUGUGCAGAUCAAUCUACUCCAACAGAAGUGUCUUGAACGGAUCUGGACGCUGACUGCGUGACAGUCUUCUAUACCAUGGUCCCCUUGCUAACAGCUUUGGCGCUUUGUUACGUUCCCGUUUCAUGGGUAAUUUAUGGUUUUCCUAGGAUUUUGCAAGAAUUUAUCACAAAUUCUCCUUCGAAAAUCCCUCCCACAGGCAGUCGUAACGAUCUCGUUCGAUGGCGAGUUCAGCUCCUGCCAAAGGGGAAUGGACUUGAUCAGUGUGGAUAUGACUAAGUUCGAUAUUCUAAUGUUAGACAACGAAAAUUUUACUCUGGAUGGAAGGCUCGUGUUCAAAAAGGAUUUCAACAAUCCGGUCGGCUUGAACAUCAAACUGGAAAGGAAGAACCGGGCGAUGUGGAUACCGGUGACGACGCGGCUCAUUCCGAACUUUUGCGAUGUUAUUUUGCAUCCGAACGACUUCUGGACUACGGUUGUUGCCGCAUUCGAAAAACAGAGAUGCCCAUUUCCGGCUGGGCACGUGGAGACGUUCGAUAACACAAACAUCGGCAACAUGGCCCGCCAAAUGAUGCUGCCUCCCAGUAUGUUGGGUGAUUGGCGAAUGUUUGUGGAACUUCGCACCAUGCGGGAUGGGAAGUUGGAAACUGAAUGUACGCAGGCGGUUUUUCUGCUGGAAGAGGUUUAACGGGUCUAGCGUGCUCGAAAGUCGGUUUUGAUUAUAUGUAGUACUAACAUCAUGAAUAAAGCAAAAUGCAUUCAUCAGUGCUAGAAUACCUGGUAGAUUGGCAGGCACCAGGUUUUUAAAAGAGU